UGUCCAGUCACGUCGCGCCGCCGCAAACCUUAUAGCACCUGAACGGAAACGAACCAAACACUUCUUGUUCUCCGAGCCCCAUCUGCCCACAGCCCCACAUAUCCACGAUCCGUCAUUAGCGAAGCAGAGCAGAGAAGCAUGAAGCCACGAGCUCGGCUCCCAUUUCUCCGCGGCAGCUUCGCACCGAAACAGUCAACGAAGCCGCUAGCCACGUCCGCCUGCUCCAGCCUGCCCCGUGACGACUCCAAUGUCCGCGACGCUCCCGACGCCCGCAAGGCGUUCGACGAAAUUUCCAGCCAGGACGCUGCGACGGGAUCCGGUCGCGCCCUCUUCGACUACGCCCGGCGGGGGCUGGCCCGCCAGGCGCUGGACCACUUCGUGGAUGUGCACCGACGCCACGGUGGACGCGUUGGAGCCGCCACGCUGCUGUGCGUCCUUAAGGUAUGCGGUUCGGUGCCAGAUAGAGCUCUCGGGGAACAGCUGCACGGCCUGUGCGUCAGGUGCGGGCAUGAUCGAGGCGACGUCAGCGUGGGCACGUCGAUUGUCGACAUGUACAUGAAGUGCCGCUGCGUCGAGGAUGGGAGGAAGGCGUUCGAGGGGAUGCCCGAGAGGAACGUCAUCACUUGGACGUCGUUGCUCAAUGGGUACAUGCAAGCCGGGGCGCAUUCGGAUGUCAUGGCGCUCUUCUUCAGGAUGCGCGCAGAAGAGGUCUGGCCCAAUCUGUUCACAUUUGCUAGUGUUUUCUCUGUGGUGGCCAGCCAGGGAGCCGUUGAUCUUGCGAGGUGCGUGCAUGCUCAAUCAAUUAAGUUUGGUUGCUGCUCAACUGUCUUUAUACGCAACUCGUUGAUGAACAUGUACGCAAAGUGUGGAAUGGUUGAAGAAGCCAAGGCCGUGUUUUGUGGGAUGGAGAUUAGGGACAUGGUGUCGUGGAACACAUUGAUGGCUGGCCUUUUAUUGAACAGGCGUGAACUGGAAGCCCUGCAGCUGUUCCUUGAUUUACGAUCCAGUAUUGCCAAGCUUACACAGCCGACGUACUCAACAGUGAUCAAAUUAUGUGCAAAUCUCAAACAGCUUGGCUUGGCACAGCAACUCCACAGCAGUGUUCUGAAAUGCGGAUUUCAUUCGUAUGACAAUGUAAUGACAGCCCUCAUGGAUGCCUACAGCAAAUGUGGUGAAUUGGAUAAUUCUUUAAACAUAUUCUUGUCGAUGCCAGGAUCUCAAAAUGUUGUUUCAUGGACUGCUAUGAUUAAUGGGUGCAUUCAGAAUGGAGAUAUACCUCUUGCAGCUGUUCAUUUUAGCAGAAUGAGAGAAGAUGGUGUUGCUCCAAAUGAGUUCACCUACUCAACAAUGCUGACAGCAUCAGUGGCCAGCUUGCCUCCCCAAAUUCAUGCCCAGGUGAUAAAGACAAACUAUCAGAGUUCGCCAACUGUUGGAACUGCACUUCUGCACUCUUACUCGAAGCUUUGCAGCACUGAAGAAGCCCUUUCUAUAUUCGAAAUGAUUGACCAGAAGGAUGUUGUUGCAUGGUCUGCAAUGUUGACUUGCUAUGCCCGAGCUGGUGAUUGCGAUGGUGCCACAAAUGUAUUCAUCAAGAUGUCCAUGCAUGGCGUGAAGCCAAAUGAGUUCACAAUCUCUAGUGUCAUUGACGCUUGUGCUAGUCCUACUGCCGGUGUUGACCUGGGUAGACAGUUCCAUGCUGUUUCAAUAAAACACAGAUGCCAGGAUGCAAUCUGUGUCAGCAGCGCACUUAUCAGCAUGUAUGCAAGGAAAGGGAGCAUUGAGAGUGCUCAGAGUGUCUUUGAGAGGCAAACAGAUAGAGAUUUAGUGUCAUGGAACUCAAUGAUAUCAGGGUAUGCACAGCAUGGUUACAGCCAAAAUGCCCUUGAUAUAUUUCGGCAGAUGGAAGUUGAGGGCAUUGAGAUGGAUGGUGUCACAUUCCUUGCAGUGAUCAUGGGAUGCACUCAUGCUGGUCUUGUCGAAGAAGGCCGGCAACACUUUGACUCGAUGAUCAGAGACUAUGGGAUUACUCCAGCCAUGGAUCAUUACACGUGCAUGGUGGAUCUCUAUAGCCGUGCUGGCAAGCUAGAUGAAACAAUGAACCUUAUAGGAGGCAUGCCAUUCCCAGCAGGUCCAAUGGUAUGGCGGACAUUGCUAGGUGCUUGUAGAGUUCACAAGAAUGUUGAGCUUGGAAAGUUGGCUGCAGAGAAGCUGCUGUCAUUUGAGUCUCUUGACUCGGCUACAUAUGUGCUUCUCUCCAACAUUUAUUCGGCUGCCGGAAAGUGGAAAGAGAAGGAUGAAGUGAGGAAACUCAUGGACACUAGAAAGGUGAAGAAAGAAGCUGGAUGCAGCUGGAUUCAGAUCAAGAACAAAGUUCAUUCCUUUAUAGCUUCAGACAAGUCACAUCCUUUAUCAGAACAGAUAUAUGCAAAGCUCAAGGCAAUAACAGCUAGGUUGAAGAAAGAAGGCUAUUGUCCUGACACAAGCUUUGUGCUUCAUGAAAUGGCAGAAGAGAAGAAAGAAGCCAUGCUGGCUAUGCACAGUGAGCGGCUAGCCCUUUCCUUUGGCUUGAUAGCUACCCCACCAGGGACACCCCUUCAAAUUGUCAAAAACCUGCGGGUGUGUGGGGACUGCCACACGGUGAUGAAAAUGAUCUCUGUAAUUGAGGAUAGGAAGAUUGUAAUGCGAGAUUGCAGCAGGUUCCACCACUUCAGUUCAGGGAUCUGCUCCUGUGGUGAUUUCUGGUGAAUGGAGUCAGAACAAAAUGGCUGUGGAUGCAAUACUCUGGUGAUAUCGCCCUUUGAACAUCACUGGUAAAUUGACUCUGGAGAAAUGGUUGUCAGAUUUCUACAAGCCUAAAAAUAAUGUUUUCGAGGCUUGUAGAGGCACAGAGCAGGAAUAUCAGUGCUGGGGUUUGUUGGAAUUGCUACUGCAUGCAGACAUGGUUCAACAGGCGAUUCGUACUGCAAUCUUGUAACUCAGGGCCUGUGAGCUGCAACAAAAGUUCUUCUUGAUUUGACAGAAGUACGACCACUAGAGAUGGGGAUAUAAGGUUUCUUGUUAUUCUUUUGGUGGCUAGGUGUAAAUGGGUACUCAAGUGACUCUGCAGUCUGCAAUACCUGAAUAGGGAACAAAAUUGUUUGAGACUUGAAUUUGGAGCCUUGCCCUUGGAGGCACGAGUGAUGCCUUGAUAGCAAUAUAGCAGAGAGUAAUGGAAUCUACUCAAUAGAGGCAGUGCUUUUCCAUGAAAACUCUGCACGGUCUCAGGAAACAUGUUUGGUAAAUAAGAGAUUGGUAAUCUAAUGAAAAAACAACUGUGGUGACUACACUUGCAAUCAUUUGGAUCCAUGUGGUAUUCCUUUGCAAUCUAAUUUCACCAUUUCAGAGGCAGUUGUCUGGUAAUAAGUUUUAUUUGUUCUUUCAACUGCAGUUGCUGACUGUUGCAUCCAAUGUGCACUUCAGGUUUAGCAUUGUACCCAAGGAUAUGUAUUUAAGGCCCUCUUGUAAAUAAUUGAGUAUAUCCACCAUGAAUAUGUGUGCUGAUACAUCAUAACAUGCAAUUCUCUAGUGCCUCAUAACAUGCAAUUCUCAACACAGUACCCUUUAUCCUCUUAUUCAAAUCAAACCUUAUAGCCUCCAUAGGUUAAAGAUGUGUACAGUCAAAUUACAUUGACUCAGUUUUGGUACUGAACUGAACUAACAGCAGUCUUUCGGCAUUAUAUAGAGAACUAGAGAUUGAUGUGUAUUUUGUUUUCCAUUCUCAUCUUAGCCUCAUCUUCAGACUGUCUCAGGGCAUACAAGCAGCUUGAACAGUAAUGCCGUCUUUAGUGUUCUGCACUUAAUUUUGCACAAUGAUGUGCUGUUUUAUGAGAAGGGCAUAUUUAGAAACAUCUAAAGCAUCGGUUUUAUGUUGACCAUUUCAAUAACAGCGCCUAUAUGCAGGUGGAUUUAAAUCAUUGACUGAACACUUCAUGUAGAAAUAUUUCAGUGAUCUUAAAGGCAUUUGAAGAUGGUUGCUUCUUAUGCAGGAGGUUACUUGACCCCUUAUCAGGUCUUAUCGUCUUAUACAAGAUCUAUCCCAUUACCUUGAGGUUACUUGAGGUGCCUAACAGCUGUCUCGUCAUCUGAAGAACUCUCACUUCAUAGAUCAGAAAAUAAGUAUUCCUGCACAAUUCAUCUCACAAACCAUGAGAAAUCAACAAGUAUAUUGGUGAUAGCAGCAGUUGUGGAAUGGCGUUCCUAACCUCCCCGACAUUGCUAAACGCAAAACAAAAUGUGGCAACAAUGAUAAGGACAUCUCCGAGAAGUGGUCUUUUACUUGCAUCUGCAGAAAACUGCCUACUUACCUUGAAUAUCUGGCGAAUUUGAAUCUGAGAGGAGUACCAGGGAGAGUCCUGCCAUGCAAGUGCCUGCUCCUACAAAUUGCCAAAAAGAGUAUCUUGUGCCUAGUGCAAACCUUGUGAGGAUCAUGACCCAUGGAAUAGUCCAACAGUCCAACAAGUUUAUGCUGGUAAUCACUACUUAUUUUCUUGUUUCACCGGAAGCUAUUGCCUAUUGCCAAUUGGCGAUUCAAAGUUCAAACUGUUUCCUUCAGUCUACUCACCAAGAAAGUUUCCCUGAACAUCGAUGAAGACAAGGGCUAGGUACCAAUACCAUGGUAUCUGCAAGACAGGUGAAAAGAUCAGAGAAUCGUUCCGUAAACCAGAGCUAACAACAUGUAUACGAGGAAUGAUUGUGCCAGUGGUGCGUCAACUCCUGAAAAUGAAGCCUGCGUUUAUCUCUAUCGAUAGAAGAAGCCUGCAUUUUAUGAAAUUACUAUGCAUACACUCAAUGUAAAUAAAAAAUGUUUGCAAUUUACCGAGACUGCUGAUGACAGAGGUGGUAAAGCUGCUGAUGGCCAUGGAGAAGGAGACUAUCUGUCCGAGGAAGAGCGAGAACAGCAACCUCCAUGUAUCCCUCUUGACCUCCAUGAUCCUGAGCGCGAUCCAGGAAAUCCUCAGGUCAGAAUUUAGACAACGGGCAUGAGCCAAAUUUAUGAGAGCUUCACAGGGAGAGGGUGCCGGAGACUAGGAGAGUAACUGCCUAACUGGGAACACCAGUUUACAGUGGCCUCCAACUCAGGAACUCCUGCCCUCAGAGCAAAACAAAACAGACCAGCUCUCAGUUAGAACGAAGACGAGAGAAUACGUUGUACUGCUUUAAAAAGGCGACCAGGCAUCUUUCUGGGGUCUUACUGAAAGAUAGCCGUUGCUAGGAAAAAAAAAGAGAGGAAUAAUACAAUUUAUGAUGCCAUACUGGUUGGUGGUCUGACGACAGGCUUGCAGCAUGUGGUGACGCAUGCCAAAUGGCUGUUAUCUUUCGCCAUGCGAAGU